AUGAAGUUCUCCACCACCGCCGCUGCUGCUUUGUUGGCUGCCACUGCCACCGCUCAAUUACAAGCCGAACAAAAGAGAGCCACUUCAGAUGUCGUGGCCAACUUGGAACAAUUGUACACUAUUGCUACUAGAGGUGUCCCCUUGGAAAAGCGUGAUGAAAUCAACCAAGCCUUAAACCAACACCUCAAGCGUGAACUCGAAGGGACCGUGUUCGCCGACAUGGUCAAGCGUGAUGACAUUGACUGGUCGUCGAUCAUCAACACCGUCCUUCAGUACGUGCCGACGAUUUUGAAGGCUGUGUGGGACUCGGGUAUCAUCCAGAGCAUUGUCUCCUCGUUGUUGAACAGCCAAGCCUUCAAAGAUGGCCUCUACAACGCCCUCAAAUGGGUGGUUGACCUUAUCCUUGGAUGGUUUACUCCCAGCACUACCUCUACCUCGACCGUUGGUGCCACUGCCACUGGCAGCCCUCAACAAAAGCGGGACAACUCCGCCGAGGCCAUGAUGCACGUCAAGAGACUUAUGAACAUGCUCGAAGAUGACUCUGACUUGACUGUGCGUGACCUCACUGACACCAUCGGCACUAUCGUGGCCUCUUUAUGGAACAACAUUGCUCAAUGGGUCAAGGACCACCCCGAACAAUUCGCUCAAGCCUUACAAAAGAUCACUGAAUUCGCUUACCAAAUCGUCGGUAAGGUGUACGUGUGGGCCAGAGACAACGGUUACAUUGACAAGGCUUUCAAAUGGUUGGGUGAAAACCUUGGUGACAUUAUCCAGCAAAUUAUUCUCUGGAUCACGAGCGCCAUUGGCGGUCAAAGCCCGGACCCUAAGCCUUCUCCUAGCAGCCCCCCUGCUCCCAGUGACCCCGUUACCAUCACUAGCACCCUCAUCGGCUCGACUCCCACCACCGUCACUGAAGUUCCCAUCACCACCACGAAGCAACCUAACGGUCUCAGCAACAACAACAACACCAAGAGAAUGUUGUAUUAA